UUCAUGGUCUGCGUGCGGCACCUGUCGGGGGAGCUCAAGCCGUGUCCCUUUUUUGUCGGUUGGACAGCGGAGUGGUGGCUCAAACGGGGUGGGGUGCCUUGGGGGUUGGACCGAAACAGGACGUGACGUUCGGACGUGCCGUUGGACGGCGGAAGCUUCUGAUCACCCCGAUGAUCUCCCGGAAGGUCGUUGAAGAUGAAGAGGGGUCAAAGAGUUUGGUGGUUGGUCACUGGCUGGCUGGCUUGCUUUGUCACGCAAACAUACAGUACGCAAACUUCAACGUUCAAGCUUUGUAUUGCUAGCUCCUUCACAGCAUGUGGCACCGCCAUAGCUUCCUGGUGGGAAUCUAUGUGGCACUCUUAUGUCCCUUGUUAUUUGAUGUGUCACAGACUGGUUCAGCAUACUGGGCACUGCUGAGUUAUCGCUCUUCGAGUGAUCGAUACCCAAAGCUCCAGACUCAUAUGUAAGGCGGAUCACAUGCUGCGUAUGGACAUUUGUUUUCUCCCAACAGAUUGCCGGGGCAUGCCGGGGCUAUGUCUAAGCUAUGCUCACCGGUGUGUCCGUCAGGCGGGAGUCGUGGGUGGAAGUGGACCGAAACUUCCUGGGCUAUUUGCACAUGAGUGAAGUUGAACGGAUCCUGCUCGCCAUCCCUCAGCCGGUGGGCUUCAACGGCUGUAAGAAGAAGCAGAUGUUCCGCCACAUGAUGCAGCUACAGGUCCAUGAGGGCAGUACCUUGGCCUACCGCGAUGUGGUGAAGUUGGUCGCACAGCGCUCGGUCGCCUUUCUCAGCGCAGAGAGCAAAGGCGACUUCAACCAGGUUCGCCUCGAUGAGGAGGCGUUGCGCACCUGGAAUGGCGCCUUCCCGGAAUUGCCUGCAGAGUACGGUACGGAUGCGGUUCUCAUUGCGCAUAUUGUCAUUGCAAGGAGAGUUGCCAUUUACAUACGAAAGAAGCGCUGGGAGUGGAAGCAGAAGAGCCGGCAUGGCCAGGGGGCGCUGCGGAACUUGCGCAGGGCAGCGGCCACCUCAGGUGCCGGCGUGCGCAAGGGCCGCAGCGGCUCGUCGCCGCGCAGCGGCGGAUCGCCGCGGAGCGGCGGGUCGCCCUAUCCCUCGGAAGGCGGGAGAUUGAUGACUGGCAGGAUGCGAUUUACGACAUGGAGAUGCAGAUCGGGUCCCGCUUGCCCCUCUGGGAGAAGUCCUUGGACCCCGGGCCUCCAACCUCCAUCCUGGUGAGCCAGUUGGCGCCGGACGAUACGAAGCAGGCGCAUCAGAACCGCAAGCUGCCGCAGCUCUCUCCCUUGAAGUGGCCCCCAGCAGAGCUGGAGCGGUAUCAGCCGGAGGAGCAAGUGACCUUCACGAAUGAGGAGAGCGUGAUUUGGGCAAAGGUGGCUGGCUUGGCGCACAUGGGGGAGUUGCCGAAGUCCACCUGGAAGUGAGGCCAAAGCGCCUCCGACCUCCCAACGCCUGAGCUGCCGUGAGGCGUGCGGAGUGCGGCGAAGCCGGCCGCACGCCGGCGACGCGUGGGACGGGUUAACGAGUCACCUGGGGUCGGGGUCGACACUGCCUCGAUCGGCC